CAGGAAUAAUCUCUGGUUGGUUUAUAAAGCUUAAACCACUGAAUCAGCCGUUUCUCCUCUUUAAUACUACAAAGAGAAAGAAGAAAGCUUCGAUAUUUGUAAUCUCUCUGUUUUCUAGCGACUGUUCAAUGGCGAAAGACGGACCUAAUUGGGAUGGAUUGCUUAAAUGGAGUCUCUCCCACGCAGACGGUACUCAACCAACUCGCCAGUUAAGUGAGGAGGAUAGGAAGUGGUUUAUGGAGGCUAUGCAAUCGCAGACUCUAGAUGUAGUUAAACGCAUGAAGGAGAUUACUUUAGUUAUGCAAACACCUGAGGAGGUUUUAGUGGAACAUGGAGUAACACCUGACGAUAUUGAAGAUUUGCUGGAUGAGUUGCAGGAGCACGUUGAAUCAAUUGAUAUGGCUAAUGAUCUUCAUUCUAUUGGAGGAUUGGUUCCUCUUCUCGGGUUUCUUAAGAACUCUCAUGCUAAUAUCCGUGCCAAAGCUGCUGAUGUUGUAAGCACGAUUGUUCAGAACAAUCCUCGAAGUCAGGAGUUGGUUAUGGAAGCCAAUGGUUUGGAGUCAUUGCUGUCAAACUUCACUUCCGACGCAGAUAUUCAUGCUCGAACUCAAGCUCUCAGUGCAAUAUCAUCUUUGAUUCGCCAUAACAAACCUGGAGUCACUGCUUUCAAGCUUGCUAAUGGUUAUGCUGGUCUAAGAGAUGCUAUGGCAUCUGAUAGUGUGAGAUUCCAAAGGAAAGCGUUAAACUUGUUGCAAUAUCUUCUCCAAGAGGAUGAUGCAGACCGCAGCAUUGCCACCGGACUCGGCUUCCCCCGAGUGAUGAUGCAUUUAGCAGCUAGUGACGAUGCAGAGACAAGAGAAGCUGCUUUACGCGGCUUGCUCGAGCUUACAAGAGAGAGAAACGAUGGGAGUGGAAGCAGCAGCAUCGAGAAAGGCGAUGAGAAGCUGAGGCAGCUGCUAGAAGAGAGGAUAGAAGGGAUCAGCUUGAUGUCACAAGAGGAUCUUGGAACGGUUAAAGAAGAGAGACAGCUCGUGGAUUCAUUGUGGAGGGUUUGCUACAAUGAGCCUUCUUCUCUGAGAGAGAAAGGGCUUCUUGUUCUUCCAGGUGAAGAUGAGUUGCCUCCUGAUGUGGCGAGCAAGCUCUUCGAGCCUCCUCUCAGAGCUUCUGCAGCAGUGAAUCGUAAUGUCACUGAGAAGAAAGAAGAGCCUAUUAAACUACUUGGACCCGCACCAUAAAGAGUGCUAUAAUGCUUUUGUUUGUCUUUGUAACGUUUCAUGUUUUCAGAAAAGAUGAUAAGACUUUUAUGUCAAGAAUCAAUGUUUAUGUCAUGUUUUGAUUAUUUGAGAUAUUUAAUUAGUGAGACCAAUAGUCUUCAGAUUCAAGUUUUUUUACCAGUUUCCGGUUUAGCAACAGUUGGUAUGGACCAGAUAAUUCAGCUUGUAUUACUUCCUCUGUUUCGG